AUGAUUGCCAAGUUAUUUGCGUUGUGUUGCGCGUGCGCCGCUGUGGCGGGAGCGCCGGUGGUGCUGGGCGGCGGGCUCGGGUACGCAGCGCCCGCGUUUGGUCAUGCGUACGCAGCGCCGGCGAUAGCAGCGCCCUACGCGGCUGCGUACGCGCCUGCUAUAUCGCACGCAUACGCCGCGCCGGUGGUUAAGGCUGUCGCUCCUGUAGUACGAGCAGAGCCAAUAGACCCUAAUCCGGCAUACAGCUUCUCAUACGGGGUGGCUGACCCCACGACGGGAGACCAGAAAGACGCCGCAGAAACCCUUCAGAACGGAGUGGUGCACGGGUCCUACAGCCUUGUGGAACCCGAUGGCCACCUCCGAAGGGUCACCUAUACAGCCGAUAAAAUAAAUGGCUUUAACGCCGUGGUUGAGAGGACGGGAGCUGCUCAUGGGGUAGCAGGGCCUAUAGCCAAAGUGGUGGCUCCAGCGCCCGUAGCAGUCGCCGCCCCCGUGGCCAGGUACACGCUGCCGGCCAUCGCCCACCCGUGGGGUUAACCCACUUGAACCAACCUUGCUGUAUUGACGGGGUAAUUCCUAGACUUUAUAACGCUAUAUUUGAGUAAGGUUAACUCGACAAAUUGUUUGUUAGACAGACCCCGGACGUUGAAGCAAAACCGCUAAAGAGGCAACUGGGGACAUCUCAUGGUCAUCUCAUCUCUCUCAUAAGAUUCAAUAUAAAGCGUUAUAAAGUG